AUUCUUUAAGGUAGUGUUUGGCAACUAGCAUUUCAUUUCAAUUCAUGUAUUUCAAUUCCAAAAUUUGAAAUCCUGAAUUUCAAAUGACAAGGGGAGGUGCAUGGAUUUCAAAUUAAGCUUGGUUUUGAAUGUAAAGAAUUUGAUUCAAAUCCAAAUUCAAAAUGCUUAAGUUUCCCAAACAUGGAAUUUAAGCCAAAUCCAGAUUUGAAAUCCAAAUCCAUGUUCCCAAACAUACCAUAAAGGAAGUGGGUAUUGCUUGCUCUUCAGAUGGGGUGGUCUGCCUCAGGUGUCCCAAGCCACCUCAAACUUCUCAUAUCUACACAGAGAAUCUGUCUCCACCUUCCCUCAUAUGCUGGAAUCCGAGGAGAGAUAGAGUGGUGGCUUAGGGACUCGGAGAGUUGGGUUGAAAAAAGUACAAAGCGUCCACCUGCAUUGCAUUUGUGUCCCAUAGAUAUUGGGAAGCACAACAUGCUGUGCUUUUUGAAUGCUCCUAGGAGUAAACAGCCAACUUGCCCAUCAUGACGAAGGAAGUAAGGGCCAUUUUCUUGAGGGCUCAUGUUUGAUGCAUAUCUUACUGUUGAUGGACCUCUUGCACUUCUAUAUUUCCUUUGAAAAUGGUCAAAUCACAGAGUAUUGUAUGGUGUCUUCAGCUAUGCCAAACAGCUCCUUCUGGUUUUUUACAAGAGCAUCUUAAUAGCGCUAUUACAAUUGUCAACAGCUUACAAUUGAUCCGUUAUUAUGCUGCUCGCUAAGGUUCGAGUUGAUGGCGUUGAAAAAGAUCACCAAAAAGAUCAAUAAACUCUAUAAACAAAC